GCUCUGGCUGAGACCAUGGCCAAUGGCAUCGACGAGCUCAUCGGCAUUCCCUUCCCCAACCACAGCAGUGAGGUCCUGUGCAGCCUGAAUGAGCAGCGGCAUGACGGCCUGCUCUGCGACGUGCUCCUGGUGGUCCAGGAGCAGGAGUACCGUACCCACCGCUCCGUCCUGGCCGCCUGCAGCAAGUACUUCAAGAAGCUCUUCACGGCCGGCGCCCUUGCCAGCCAGCCGUACGUCUACGAGAUCGACUUCGUCCAGCCCGAGGCCCUGGCCGCCAUCCUGGACUUCGCCUACACGUCCACACUCACCAUCACCGCCGCCAACGUCAAGCACAUCCUCAAUGCUGCCAGGAUGCUGGAGAUCCAGUGCAUCGUGAACGUGUGUCUGGAGAUCAUGGAGCCUGGCGGGGAUGGUGGGGAGGAGGACGACAAGGAGGACGACGAUGAUGACGAGGAGGACGAGGAUGAGGAGGAUGAGGAGGAGGAGGAGGAAGAAGAGGAGGAGGAUGAGGACGACGACACAGAGGACUUCGCCGAUCAAGAAAACUUGCCUGACCCCCAGGACAUCAACUGCCACCAAAGCCCUUCCAAGACGGACCAUCUCACCGAGAAGGCCUAUUCGGACACACCCAGGGACUUCCCUGACUCCUUCCAGGCCGGCGGCCCUGGGCAUCUGGGCGUGAUCCGGGACUUCUCCAUCGAAUCUCUGCUGAGGGAGAACCUGUACCCCAAGGCCAACAUCGCCGACAGGAGACCCUCUUUAUCGCCGUUCGCCCCCGACUUCUUCCCGCACCUCUGGCCGGGGGACUUCGGUGCCUUUGCCCAGCUGCCCGAGCAGCCCAUGGACAGUGGGCCGCUAGACCUGGUCAUCAAGAACCGGAAGAUCAAGGAGGAGGAGAAGGAGGAGCUUCCCCCACCCCCACCGCCCCCCUUCCCCAGCGACUUCUUCAAGGACAUGUUCCCUGACCUUCCCGGGGGGCCGCUGGGCCCCAUCAAGGCGGAGAGUGACUACGGUGCCUAUCUCAACUUCCUGAGUGCAACCCACCUGGGGGGCCUCUUCCCGCCAUGGCCGCUGGUGGAGGAGCGCAAGCUAAAGCCCAAGGCCUCCCAGCAGUGCCCCAUCUGCCACAAGGUCAUCAUGGGGGCCGGGAAGCUGCCGCGGCACAUGAGGACCCACACCGGGGAGAAGCCAUACAUGUGCAGUAUCUGCGAGGUCCGCUUCACCAGGCAGGACAAGCUGAAGAUCCACAUGCGGAAGCACACGGGGGAGCGGCCCUACCUGUGCAUCCACUGCAACGCCAAGUUCGUGCACAACUACGACCUCAAGAACCACAUGCGCAUCCACACGGGCGUGCGGCCCUACCAGUGCGAGUUCUGCUACAAGAGCUUCACGCGCUCCGACCACCUGCACCGCCACAUUAAGCGCCAGAGCUGCCGCAUGGCCCGGCCCCGGCGCGGCCGCAAGCCCGCCGCCUGGAGGGCCGCCAGCUUGCUCUUCGGGCCCGGCGGCCCGGCAGCCGACAAGGCGGCCUUCGUGAUGCCGCCCGCGCUGGGCGAGGUGGGCGGCCACCUGGGCGGGGCGGCCGUGUGCCUCCCGGGCCCCAGCCCCGCCAAGCACUUCCUGGCGGCGCCCAAGGGCGCGCUGAGCCUGCAGGAGCUCGAGCGGCAGUUCGAGGAGACGCAGAUGAAGCUGUUCGGGCACGCGCAGCUGGAGGCCGAGAGGGACGCGGGGGGCCUGCUGGCUUUCGCGCUGGCCGAGAACGUGGCGGCCGCGCGGCCCUACUUCCCGCUGCCUGACCCGUGGGCCGCGGGCCUGGCCGGCCUCCCGGGGCUCGCGGGCCUCAACCACGUGGCCUCCAUGUCCGAAGCCAACAACUAG